GGCUUCAGUUAUCUCUCGCGACUUGGUGCGGUGCGAUGGGUGUGCGUGUGUGAGCUGUGCUGUGUUGUGUUUCCGCCGCAUCUGGAUUUUUGGAUUUUUUUUGGAUUCGUGUUGGAUUUCGGAUCCCGGCGCCGCUAUGGCCUCCCCUGCGCCCCCCUCGGAGCAGCUCCUUGAUGAUGUGCGUCGAUUUUUACGAGUGACGCUGAAUCAAGAGUUAUUAUCUCCAACUUCCGAGAAACAAAGGCAAGACCUUCUCCAGAGGCUGUCAACUAGAGAACAAUCGCCCGGCUCCUACCUGGACAUGAACUGUUGUAAAAAAAGUUACAACGCGGAGAUAAGCCGGGACUUCCAGGAGUUCUACGAGGCGUUCGAGCCGGACGACCUGAAGAGCGCGCGGCGGAGGUCGGACAUCUCCUUCCUCAAGUCGAGCGAGCUCCACAACGAGCUGAACAUAAACAAAGACAACUACGUCACCAAGAACGUCCACCGCAAGAGCCUCAACUCGGUCCUCAGCUCGGAGCUCAUCCUCGGCUCGGAGCGGCUUCAGGACCGGAAGCCGAGCUCCACCAGCUCCACGACCGGCACCAACAUGAACGGGAUCAACGGAACCAACGGCCCCAACUCGGUGGCCAGCUCCGUCAAAUCCGAUAGCUUGUCCAGCUCCACGUCGACGAUCCCACAGGAAUCCGAUGGCGAGCGAGGCGCCAACUCCAGCGAGGUGCUGUCGAUCUCGGCGUCGGCGCUGAAGUACUCGGCGAUCAAGCACGGGGUCCUGGCCCGGAAAGAGCGGGUGCUGAAGGCGUUCGAGAAGGUGCGCAAGUACUGGGUGGGCGUCCUCGGGCACUCGCUCUACAUCUACACCAGCGAGAAGGACCUCCGCCCGACCACCGUCAUCGACAUCCUCGGAUACUCGGCCCGGCCCGUCUCCGUCAAGGACCCUCCCAACUCCAGCCCCAAGAAGGACUACACCUUCGAGAUUGUCUGCCCUGGCAAAAAGACCUACCAGUUCAUAGCAAGUAAUUGGUCCGAGAUGGAGACGUGGAUCCUGAUAAUAUCUCAAGCGGGGAACCAACCAACGCCUCUUCCUAGUCCAACGGUAGCUCCCAGUUCCAACGGCUGCUUCCUCAACGAGAGAUCGUUACCUGCCACCCCUGUCAGUCAGUUCGGCCCCGAACAAAUCUACGACGAGCCCGAUUCCAAGGUCAGACCCGUCGAGAAGUACCCACUGAACAAUCACGUUAGUCCCGUACAGUGGCAACAGUACGAAUUCAUGAGUGACGACUCUUUCUACCACUACAUCGACGACACUAUGAAGGAGAAUUUAAAGAAUAUGAAGAACUCUUGCUUGUGUAGUCAGCAGAAUGAAAACUAUUACAACAAUGUAGGAGAAGGAGUAAGGCAUUGCAUGCAGUGUGAUAAUAGGAGUAACAUGUACUACAACAUGCUAGACCCACCCGACAGUGGACGGAAAGAGAACCACCUUUUCAGCUGCAGUAGUCUUCCAAGCAUUCCCACGGAACAGGAGGCAAUUUAUGACAUUAUAUUAGAUGGUCAAAAGCAGCAGAUCAACGGGAUAACCGACCGGGACAAACUGCUCAACGAGAUCCUGAACCGGUCCAAAGAAGAGCCAACCUCGAAAACAAAACCGGACGAACAAACGCACGAAAGAACCGACUCGACGCGAUCCAGCGACGGCAACGAAUCCGACCGGUCGUCGAAGGAGAACGCCGACUUCAACGUCCAAAAAUCCGGUCUCCUCUUCGUGAACCAGUACGGCCCGAACCGGAUCCAGGACAUCAUCAACCGGAUCGAGACGACCUACAACAACAAACGGGAGCCGACAUCGCCUUGCAAACGCGAACCGGCGCCCGCCAACAAACGCUUCGCCAAAUCCGGUUGCACGACGACGCUCCCCAAACGCACGACUCUCUGCCGGAGCCUGGAUUUCAAGUCCAACGAAUCGAUUUUCGGAUCUCAGAGGAGCUCGGUCGUCCAGGACCAGCUCUACGAACCGGUUCAAACCUCGUCCAGCGCGUGCCCGUCGUAGAACCGGUUCGUUGCCGAGGAACGAUUUUUGUUGUCGUGGGUCGCCCGCCGAAACGGGUGACUCUUCGAACCGGUUCGAACUUUCUGCAACGUGUUCCAGUUGUAGAACCGACUAUUUGCAUGAGAGCGAUUUCUGUUGUUGUGGGUCAUUCGCCGAAACGGGUGACUCUACGAACCGGUUCGAACUUUCUGCAAUGUGUUCCAGUUGUAGAACCGACUAUUUGCAUGGGAGCGAUUUUUGUUGUUGUGGGUCGUCCGCCGAAACGGAUGACUCUACGAACCGGUUCUAACUUCCUCCUGCAUGUGCCAGUCGCAGAACCGUCUAUUUGCAGGGAGAAUGAUUUUUGCUGUCCAGUCCUCAACUGACCGUAUGUUGAACGGAUUCCUAGGCUACAGGCCGUUCUUGAACGGAAAUAGGCUAAUUUAUGGCUCGGCAAAAAGGCCGCCAUGGAAAAACGGUUGUCACCGGUGUUUUUGACUUGUGGCAAUUCGUUGUACUGAGAUCACAGACUGCGCCUCCUUGAAGAUCGCAAAACCCUCGGGAUGUGAAGAGGGAAUCAAUGUAUUUUGUAGUACGUCGUGCAAGUAACAGGGGAAGCAUUGCCUCGAAUUUCACUCCAAAACCGACAGCUAAUGAAACAUCAAGAAAUCUUCUUCACAAGGCGUUCCCUGAAAAAUUGUGAUACUGCAGUUUCGUAGUUUGAAUUGUUAUUUUUAGUAAAGCACUUUUCCCGACCAAUAACUUUUGUGUUGCGAGUGUGUUUGGAUUUUUACAUUCUUUAGUGAUGAAAGAACUGAAACUAAGAUCACGAACACGGCUAGUAACGCAUUGGUUGCACAGUCAAGCCACAAUUUAAACUGCGUUACUAAAUUAUAACACCGGUGUGUUCUAUCAUUUUACUUUAUGAUUGGGACUAGUGGCGAGGCAAGAAUGAUCGACCAUCGAUAUUUCCCCAUUUGAAGUUAUGGUGAAGAAUCGAUUAUUCAGGUGUUCGUUGCAAACACCCUGUAUAUCGAUCCUUUUCCAUAGGUUUAAAUGACAGAUUAAUCGAUUUAUCGCAGAGCACGCCACGCCAUUGAAUUGGGACUCGUUUUCAUCUCCUCAUUUUUUUCGGUGACUACGAAUUUCUAUAUUUUCAAAAUGAAUAAGAGAGAAAGUCAGAUUUUUGUGAAUUAGGCAAACAUACGAGGAAAUUCCGUAAUUAUUUAAUUUAUAGCAAAACAAAGUACGAUGAGGCGAUCGUUAAAGUAACAAGACUGAACUUUUAAUUUAAAUGUGUUUUUUUACCCGCAAAUCAUAAACUGCGUUAUAUGAGAUCCGAACAGUUAACAACUAGAGUUCAACUGAGAAAAUACUGUGACUAAGUGAAUCAAAAUUAGGUACAGCACGGAUGAAAAAGAAUGUAUGUGAUAGCUUCAUUCGUGAUAAUAUGUGAUCUGUAGAAAAUUUAAUGGCCAGUACGAGAUUUUUGUGAGUGUAAACCAUGCUCAUACUUACAUUAACCAGUUGUGAGACAAUCAUUGUCAGAAAAUGUGACUAGAUUCCUGACUAUGGAUGAUUCUUAGAAAUCGGUCACAUUAUUUUUCAUCCGUGCACUGCAGUUUUAACGAGCAUACUCUUUUAGAGUCAAUUGGUUUAAAAAUAAUGUUUGUUAAUAGUUUUCAUAUAAGUACCGUUGUAUGUAAUUUUUUAUGUAAGUUUUUUGUAGAUAAUUGUUGAUCUUAAAAUACAGCUUUUAUUACAAGCUAU